AUGACAAGAUUAUUCCUCAUCGCGUUUUUGCUAAUGUGCGCCCAUCAUGCGCACUCUACCGAAGCCCCUUCUCCUGCGCAUUCCCCAGCAUCUGCCCCCUCCAGUCCCCACUCAUCCCCGGUGGCUUCUCCGUCGCUCUCGCCGGCGGCAUCUCCUCCAACGGUUUCUCCGUCUGGCAGCGUGCCUGUUCCGAGCCCAUCUCAGGCGACUCCUCCGUCGGAUAGCAGCGCCGCUCCGGUGUCGCCGCCUAUGCCGUCGUCUACUCCGGCUAGCGCCCCUUCGGCUGCCGGUGUGCCUUCGAGUUCUUCGCCGGAUGUGUUCCCCUCGAGCAGCACUCCGCCGCUGGGCUCGGCUCCGGACAGCGCUCAUGGCCCAGUCGCUGAUGAUUCCUCCGCCGCGAACUCUGUGUACGGCGGCCCCUCUGUUUUGGUUGCCGGGAUUGCUCUUUGGGCUGCCGUUGCGAUCUAA